CAGCUUAAAGGCCUAAGUAACCCUAAAGGUUCAAGUGUUCAAAUCAACGCGUACACCAUACGUUGUGGGUUUACCAUCCAUUUGCAUCUGGCGGGUGAAGGGAACCUUUCAACUAUAUAACAGUGAGCUACGGGAUAUAGUAAUUCGGCAAGGCAAACAAGCUUUCCGUAGCAGCAAGCGCGACCUUUCAAGCAAGCCGAGAACCAUGCCUAAACGAGCUGCUGCCGCCCUCAUUGCCUCUAUGGCCAAUGCCAAGAUGGCCAAGAAGAUGUCAGGUCCUCGUGUUGAUUCGGCCACCGGGUGGCGCCGUCGCACCCUGCGACUCGUGGACCUGUGCAUGAAGUGGGAUGCAGAACACGUGCUCUGCAAGGCCAUGCGGCGGUGGCCUGUAGCCGCCCUACUGGAGGCCACGGAGAGCUGGACUGCCGACAUGUUCGCCUUGGUUGCCCGCGACUGGAGGAUUAAGAAGGUGGCCAGGCUGUUGGAGGCCAAGGGCCGGGCCUUCACCGUGGAGUGCUGUGCCGAGUGGGAACCUGAGUUUCUGCAAGUUUUCCUGCCCGAGACGGACCUGGUGACUGCCCGUCACGUGUUGGCCGAGCUUUACUUCAAGUCGGACGACAAACAUCUGAGCCCCUGGGAGUGCCGCCAGAUUGUAGAGCAGUACGGCCCCAAGUUGCGGCGCAAGCUGCUGCGCAAGUUUUCGGAGCGGGACGUUACACGUGUUCUGCGCGCUUCGCCGGCGGACGAGAGCUCGGACGACGACUCUGAAGAAGAGGAUGAGGAGGACGACAGCAUGGAUGGGUUUAUUGUCAGCGGUGGCGCUGACGAAGAUGAAGAGGAUGUGGGUGACGAGGCGGAGGGCGAUGAUGAGGACGAUGAGGAGGAGGAUUCGGACAACGCCGGCGAGGACGAGGAGGGCGAUGCCGCGCUCCGCGGUGGUGCGAUGCCCAUGGAUGAGUGCGAGGACGAGGACAGCAGCGAUGGGGACGACGUCGGCGAAGACGUGGACAGCAUCUGCUGGGGCACCUGCCGGGUUCCUUUGAUCUUGGACCUGGAUGGUGUAUGUGAUGUGCUAAACACUGCAGAGUUUUAUUUACUAACGCUGACGACUUGGGUAAUGGUGGCUAUAAGGAGUGGGCCCGCAGCGUUGUUCAGCCUUGCAUUCAAACUGUUAUGCUGCUCAUGGAACUCAAUAUCUGGUGAACUCGGUGUUUACGGCGCUUUAAUAACCCUUUUCGAGCAGAGGCAGUGCCACAGGUUGAGGCGAGGUUUUGAUUUGAUGGUCGAGGUUACGCAAAAUGUACCCGUCUGCUCAUUGUUUGAAUCGCUUAUACCGCGUGAUAUUGCAGACAGGGGGACCUGCCGUAAGCAGGGCCGGUUUUUGUUUCCUCGGAAUUGCAGGUUCGCAGCGCCGUACUGCUGGGAAAGCUUCCGGCCUCUUGGCAAGGCUGUUUUGCGGGGUAGUUUGACAGGGCUCAUCGACCACUAG